AUGGCUGUGGAAAUAGUGGGUCGGCUCAUUGGGCAAACCCGAUCAACCAGUAUUGGGCUCACCAAGCCUGUCGCAUAUAAAUGCGCUUUUGCUUUGGACUUCGGCGAAACUCGGCGUCUUGCUCUCAUGGAACGUACCAAGGAAAAUGCUCUUGAACUCCAUAUCUUCAGGCUUGGGGAAGAACCCAAGCCUAGCAAGAACAACUUAGACCUCAUUACAUUCAAACUUAUUGAGGGGAUUUCAACAUUGGAGAAGAAGAUCGCUGAGAAAUCCCAAAGCCCAAAUUUGUAUAAUGCUCCUCGAGAACUCUAUACUUAUUGGGCAAUCUUGGCCCUUCUUACUCAUUUUAUUGUGUUUGGGAAGUUCUAUUACCUAAUGUGCUUAUUUUCCAAUGCAUAUAGGGAUUGGAACAUCAAGUCCGAAGUUGUUAGGAAGCUCAAUCGUGUUGUCAUGAGAUUGACUAAUGAGUUGAAUGAGAUUGCGCAUGAUGAAGUUGGUCGGAUAGACCGAAAUUGGCGAGAGGAUGUGUUUAAGUCUCCUUCUGGAAUUGUGGAUCUUUUGACGGCUCUCAUUUUCGCCGAGGAAAUUACCGAGCUCGAAAUCUUCGAUAACACUACUCAACAAGUGGUAAGCAAUGACGUUUUGAAGACGAAGAAUGUUCUGCUGUUCAUUUCUGGUCUGGACAACAUUGAAGACGAGAUUUGGGUUUUGAAAUCUAUCCAUGAUGUAUUCAAAAAAGACAGAGAGAAACAAAAUUAUGAAAUUCUAUGGGUUCCUGUGGUGGAGGAAACCAAUGAUCAUAAGAUAAGUGAUGAUCAGAAGGAGAAGUUCAAGCAUCUGAAAUCAAACAUGCCAUGGUACGUCUUACAGAACCUGUUCGUCAUUAAAGGAAAGAAGGUUUUAGAAGAGCUGUGGCAUUACCAAGGAAAGCCCAUCGUCGUCAUCAUAAACCCUAGAGGUCAAGUCAUUCACAAUAAUGCAAUGCACAUGAUCUUCGUCUGGAAGAUUGAAGCCUUCCCAUUUCGACCUGAGGAUGAAGAAAGACUCUCCCUUCACUAG